AUUUUAAGACGAUGAUAUAAAGUUAGACUAAAAAUUUCUCUCAAAUAUUAUAAAAAAUAAAAAUAAAUCAGUAUAUUAUAGAACAAUCCUAUAUAUAUGGUUGUAUAUUCACAAGUUUAAUUAUUAUAUUAUGAGGUGAAGAUGAGUGAUAUUGUAGUGAAGAUAAGAGAAAGUAGCCUAGUGAGGCCAGUGGAGAAGACCUCUCCAACACGCUCCACUAUCCCAUUAUCCGAUUUGGACCAACUUUACUAUGAGAGAAGAAGCACAUUACUCUAUUUCUACAAUAAUAAAAAUUAUAACAACUCAUCAUCAUUAGCAGUUGAUGAUCAUAUCCACAACCUCAAGGAAGCUCUUGCUAAGACUCUUGUCCUAUAUUAUCCGGUAGCAGGGCGGUUGAGCCGGGCCGAGAAUGGAGGAGAAGAGCGGUUAGAGAUUAAAUGCAACGACGAAGGUGUUUUGUUUGUGGUGGGGGAGACAAAGUCCCACAUCGAAGACCUUGGAGAUUUUACUGACUCCUCACUACUUAUAUCCAACCUCAUUCCUCCAACCCCAGAUUACUCUGCUGGAAUUUCAUCAUUCCCUUUAUUCGUCUUCCAGGUAACUUAUUUUGGAUGUGGUGGAGUUUGUCUAAGUGUUGGAGGAGAACAUCUUGCAUUUGAUGGGCAUUCUGCUAUCAAUUUUAUCAAGUCAUGGUCUGAAAUUUUUAGAGGCCAACCCAACACAAUCACACCAUAUUUUGAUCGAACAUUACUCAAUCCUAGAAAUCCACCAAAAAUAAUGUUCGAUCAUACCAAAGAAUACCAACUACCCAAUCAACCUAAAUUAUCUAUUGUUGACGAACAAAACUUCAAAGUGGUUAUUCUUAAAGUAACCAAGGAUCAACUCAACAAAUUGAAAAACAAAGCUAAAGAAUUAGUUAAUAAUAAGCACUUUAGUACAUUUUGUAUUAUGUCUGGCCUUAUAUGGAAAUGUGCAUGUAUUGCCCGUGCACUUCCCAAAAAUCAAGAGACUAAAUUAUUUUUCAAUGUUGAUGGACGGUCAAGAUUGCAACCACCACUGCCACGUGGCUAUUUUGGGAAUGUGGUAUUUGAAGGUAUGGCUGAGGCUUUGGCUGGUGAUCUUCAAUCAAAACCAUUAUGGUAUGCAGUAAGUCUUGUACAUGAAAGUUUGAUGAGAAGAGAUGAUGAUUACUUAAGAUCUGUUAUUGAUUUUUUUAAGGUUAAUCCUAAUACAAAACGUCAUAGGCUUGAAGUCCAAUGUAGGUGUCCAAAUUUUGCGAUUAAUAGUUGGACUAGCUUUGCUCUUGAUGAAGCUGAUUUUGGUUGGGGUUUGCCUUUGGGGAUUUGUGGAAUUACAAUCAAUGAAGGAAGAGCAAGUAUUUAUGAUGAUAUUCCUAAAAAUGGGAAUUUAUGUGUACACAUCUCUCUUCAGACUCAUCACAUCAAAGAGAUAGAAAGUAUAUUUAUGAGAGUGUUGGAACAAAGCUGCAGUGAUAAUAAGAUUAUAUAUUAGUUUUGUUUUGUAUUUGCUGGGGGCUCUUUUCAAUUUUUAAUGUGUUGUAUUAAUGAUUUUAAUUACUUAAUUUGAAUGAAAUUCUUCUUCUCCUUAA